UUUUUGGUUUUUAAUUUUGAUUUUUUUUGUAUCCUCAGUGCUGCUGCCUCAGGCCCCUGCCCCCGGACCUGCCCCCGCAUUGCUGAGCGCAGGACAGUGACACGGCCCCGGUCCCCAGCCCGGAGGCAGCCAUGGCUGCAGAGAGCCUCAUGGAAAGUGUCCGGGAGGAAGUGACGCAUCCGUCUGUUCGGCUGUGAAAUCCUCCACUGUCACGCUGGAGUGUGGGCACAAUUUCUGCCAGGCCCCUCAAGGCAGAGACACUGAGGAGCCGGGACCCUUCCAGCCCAACAGGCAGCUGGUGAAUUUGGCUAAUUCUACCACGCUGCUGAAUUUCCAGGCAUCAAAGAGAGCAAGAUGGGACGGGGUGUGCGGAGAACUCCCAUGUGUGUUGUGUGUGACAGAUCCCAGGCUCACACGGUGGUGCCCAAACAGGAAGCUGCCUAGGAGUACAAGAUACAGAGUUGCUGUCCAGUGUAAUGGGAAAUAACAUUGGGUUUUAAUUACAGUCUAAUUUCAGUGACUGUUUCCUGGCGCAGUGCUGGUGCCUCACACACACGCCCUCUGGACCUACCCCUCCAUUGCUGAGCUCAGGAAAGUGACACGACCCCUGUUCCCCAGCCCAGAGGCAGCCAUGGCUGCAGAGAGCGCUGUGGAAAGUCUCCGGGAGGAAGUGAUGUGUCCCGUCUGUCUGGAGGAUUUCACAGCCCCUGUCCCUCUGGAGUGUGGGCACAAUUUCUGCCAGGCCCCCCAUAGCCCUCAGGGCAGAGACACUGAGAAGCAGGGACUUCUCCGGCCCAACUGGCAGCUGGCAAACGUGAUGGAACUAGCCAAGCCACUGAGUUUCCAGGCAGCAGAGAGAGCAAGAUGUGAUGGGGUGUGCAGGGAGCACCAGGAGGCUCUGAAGCUGUUCUGUGAAGAGGAUCAAAUUCCCAUCUGUGUGGUGCUGUAUGACAGAUCCCAGACUCACAUGGUGGUGCCCUUAAAGGAAGCUGCUCAGGAGUACAAGGAAAAAUUGGAGGCCCAUUUGAAGACUCUGAGGGGAGAGAGAGAAAAGCUGCUGGGAAGGAAAACAACAACAGAAGGGAAAUGCCAGGAGUAUCUGAAACAAACACAAGCCGAGAGGCAGAAGAUUGUGGCUGAGUUUCAGCAGCUGCGACAGUUCCUGGAAGAACAAGAGCGACUCCUGCUGGCCCAGCUGGAGAAGCUGGAUGAGGAGAUUGGGAGGCUCCAGACUGACACUGUCAGGAAACUCUCUGUGCAGAUUUCCCUUAUCAGCAAGGGUAUCGGUGAGCUGGAGGGGAAGUGUCAGAAGCCAGCAAGUGAAUUCCUGCAGGACAUCAGAAGCACCCUGAGUAGGUGUGUUAUGGGGCAGUUCCAGCUGCCUGAGGAGAUUUCCCCUGAACUAGAAGAACAAGUCAGAGGUUUCUCCCAGAAAACAAUUGCUCUGUUGAAGACUCUGAGGGAGUUCAAAGACACUCUGCCCUAUGUACUGGAGAGAGCAAGAGGAAAAUCCCUGGGAGCUUUCAGACAAGGCUGCAGAACACCCAUGUUUGUCUCCAGCUCAGCCCCUGGCCUGCAGAGCCAGGGACAGGAAGUGGCCGUGGCGGAGCCUGUGAGCUUCGAGGAGGUGGCUGUGUAUUUCUCUGAGGAGGAAUGGGCUCUGCUGGACCUGGGCCAGAGAGCCCUUUACAGGGAUGUGAUGCAGGAGAAUUAUGAGGCUGUGAACUGGCUGAGUAAGGAUUCCUGUCCCCUUGGGUAACAGCAGCUGGGUGGGCUCUGGAGCAUCUAGGUUGGGUUUGGUUCAGGGUUAUUCAUUGCCUCUGCCCCCAAUGUCAUGAGUAUCUGCCAUCAUAAUCCUGGCUCUUGUGUGAAAGACUCUCCCCUCUGUGCUCCCUCCCAGGGAAGGCAGAUUCAAGGAUAUAACAGUGGCUCUUCCCACACCUAAGGUCUCACUGCGCCCAUGUUGCCCAUCUUGUACCUUGACCAGACGUGUGAGUGGAAGGGCUCAGGCAGGAACAGCAGGUACCAGAGGUCUGGAUCUGGCUGCUGUUAGGG